CUCACACAUUCGUGUUUGCACCGUGUUCAGAGCAGGAUCACUGUGCACACUAUAUGCUCCAGUACUCGGCCUAGUCUAAUUUUAAAUGUCCCACCUGAUGGAGUUGCCACCAUGUCGCCUGGGAGGCUAUGCCACAGUCUGACAGGUCUCCUCACUAGAAAGCAUUUCCUGAUGUCUCAACUAUGUUUUCCUUUGCUAGCUUCCUCCCAUUGCUAUUAGUUAUCACCCAGCAGGGAGGUAGACUUCUGGUUUUGUAAUAUGAUGGACAUUUCUUUGCCCCAAAACAAUAGUGAGGAUUAGUAUGUAAGCGCACUCUCCCCCCCCCCCCCACUGUGAUAAACUAGCUACUUUUCUCCUUUCUCAUCUCUGUGUUGGGCUUAUCUAGUUCACUAAGUUAUGUUAAGUGGCCAGUGCCAGUCUGUUCUCUGUUCCCCUCACUGGCUUUGCUCUUUGGAUUUCAAUUCCAAACAUGGUUAUCCAUUUGGGGUCUCUCUUCAUUCCGUUGCCAAGUGAUAUACAUUCCAAAUUCAACACAAGUGCCCGUUGCUCCCCCUCCCUCUCUGUCUCCCUGCUGCUCUCUAUUUUCACUCCUGGAGGGUUGGGGAGAGUGAAAGCAACAGGAGCUCUUUCCAGUCCCAUUCUCUGAUUAGUUCUCUAGCUGAAGCCCUCUCCGUACUCUGUGACUGAACUCUUCGGACCUCUUUCCCUGCUCCGGCUCCUGAAUGCAGUUGGUGAGGGAAGCCAUCUGGCAGGACCGUGCACCUCACCAACAGCAAAGAGAAAGAGAAGCCAUUUGGAUUCUCCGGGCUUGGGGUUUGUUUGUUUUUUUGGUAUGAACAAGUUUAAAGUUAUUUUUAAAAUGUUGCUCUGAAGGGCGUUCCAGUGGGACCAGUGAGCUCCAGGGAGAGGAGCUGCCAGGCGGCUCCGAUUACAGCUGUCUGUGUAAUUUUUGUAUGACAAUUCAUUUGUAAAGCAGGGCGGCUGGGAGGGUGGGGAAAGGGGAAGGAUGAGCAGAAACAGCUCCCCUUGGGACCAGCUACUUUUUCAGCCCCCUUUAUGCGAGGGCUGGAAGCAGAACGAUGAGGGAGCAGCCUAUCACCUGGGCAAUUGCAUCCUCCUCCUAGGCUACAUGGGGGGAAGUGGGAUCUUUGGCUCCAUCUAUAUCUUCAGCCUUCUGGCCACUGGCUACAUCUGCUAUGCUCUGUGGGGCUGGCUGAAUGCCUGUGGACUAGACAUCUUCAUCUGGAAUAUGCUGCUGGUCAUGGCCUGCAUACUUCAGCUGGCUCACCUGGUAUACCGGCUCCACAAGGACACCUUCUUGGAAGAGUUUGACCUCCUCUACAAGACCCUCUGCCAGCCCUUGCAGGUGCCCUUUGAGGUCUACAAAGAGAUCGUGAAAUGCUGUGAAGAGAAGGUCCUGUCACUGGCCAGAGACCAGAACUACGCUGUGGAGGGCAAGACGCCCAUCAACCGCCUGUCUUUGCUGCUCUCUGGCAGGGUCAGAGUGAGCCAGGAUGGACAGUUCCUGCACUAUGUCUUCCCCUACCAGUUCCUGGACUCCCCAGAGUGGGAGUCACUGCGACCUUCCGAGGAGGGAACGUUCCAGGUCACGUUGACAGCAGAGACGGACUGCAGUUAUAUUACCUGGCCAAGGAGGAAGCUCUACCUCCUCUUGGCAAAAGAUCGCUACAUCGCCCGUCUCUUCUCAGCCUUCCUCGGCUACGACAUCUCGGAGAAACUGUACGCCCUCAACGAUAAGCUCUUCGCUAAGUUCGGCCUGCGCUUUGACAUCCGCUUACCCAGCCUCCACCACGUCCUGGGACCCGCCUCCUCAGAGGCUGAGGCGGAGAAGGAGCUGGAUGAGUGGGAGGAGCGGGCCGUGCCCCAUCGUCCGAUGUCUACCUUUGUCCAGACAGCUGCCUCAGCCCCUCCUCCUCCUCCUUCUGCCCACCCCAAGGCGCCCCGGCCUGACAGUGCCCUGCUGGGUGAGGACUCUACCAGUCUUGUGUUGGAAGAUUUUGCUGAGUUGUCAGGGUCUUUUAUGGACUAUGUAAGCGAAGGGGAGUAUAUGAAGUGAGGGCACUUCUAACGAGGGCACACGUCACCCUGUGUGGGAUCCCCAUCUUCUGCAAGCCUUACCCGGAGUUACCCCUGUGCCCUCUUCAAAGGACGAGCCCCUCUGGCUCCCACCCAGACCCCAGAACUCUAGGGCACAACGGUCGGUUUUGAUCAGGAAGACCCACUCAUGAGUGUAUGCUCACCCACCUCUAACCAGAAAGACACUCAUUAACAUGUCCACACAACACUCCUGCAAGCACAUGAAGUAUCUGCAUGAGACUGAAGUGUGAUGGCUGGACACUUUCCACACCACAUUCUGUUCACCUACAGUGGCACAAGGGAUGUCUGGGUGUUCCUUUUUGUAUUCUGGUCUUUCACUCCCAUGGUCUGUUAACAGCUCUGUUAUCAGCUCCAUUAAACGUGUUGGAAACACAGCAGUAUUAGCCUGUCCAGGGAGUCUUUCAAUUUGAGGGCACCAAUUAAAGAGAAUGUUGAUUCAUUAGGGUUCAGUGACUCGGAGGGGAGAAGCUGAUGUUCAGAGGAUUUCACAUGAGCUCUAGACAUAGGAAAAUGGGUCUAUAGAAAGGCUAAGAGUUUUAGUAUUUGUGUAUAUUGGGAGGUGGGGUGGAGUGAGGUAUGGGACUUGUGCUAGUGAUAUACAUGGCAUCCAUUCCUAUCAGGCUUAAAAUUCCAUGUCCAGGAUUUAACGCUUUUCAUUUAUGAUAACCACAGCUAAGUAAUGAAGUACGUACUGGUUUCUGAUGUUGGGAAAAGAUUCCUCAGGUCUUUUGGUCAAUCCACUUGGAAUAAGGAGGAUGAGAAGAACCAGGACUG